AUGGAGGCGCCGCCGGACUCCUCCGUCGCCCCGGCCGCCCCGCCCGCGUCCUCCCUCCCUCUGCCCGUCGCCCCGCCCCCGGCCUUGGCCUCGGCGACGCCUGCGGCCCCGUCCUCGCUCCCUCCGCCAGCGCCGGAGGUGCCGUCGGUGGUGGCCGCAGCAAUGGAGGUGGACGCCGUCGGGGAGAAGCCGUCGGAGAAGGAGCUCUUCCUGGCCACGGAGUCCGGGGCCGCCAGCGUCUUCGCCUCCCUCGCCCCGGCCGACCUCGCCACUGCCCUCUCCCUCCGCAACGAGGACGGCCGCUCCCUCGUCCACGUCGCCGCCGCAAAUGGAGGCGCUCCUCCGGUGGGUGGCCGAGCUGGGUGUAUCCGGCUCGGGACCUCCGGCGCGGCGAGCUGGUGCUACGCGUGCCCCGCGCUGUCCUGCUCACCAGCGACCGCGUCAUGGCCGACGACCCCAGGAUUGCUUCCUGCGUAGAUGCCCAUCGCCCUCGCCUCUCUAGCAUCCAGGUUGAUGAUGCUGUUUGGGUUGCACAAAAGGCUCUUUCUGCCAUCAGAUCUGAGUGGGAAGAGCAACACCGCUAAUGAGAGAAUUGGAUUUCAAACCUAAACUUUUGAUGUUUAAAACAUGGCUCUGGGCCUUUGCAACGGUAUAAUUAUUUUGAAAUAUAUUUAUGUGUUUGAAAGUA